UUUACAUAUACGCAGCGAAAUUUUAGCAAAGCAAUAGUAAAGUGGCGUUGCGCCUAAAUACUGGAUGUUUUAAGGGUUUUGGAACUCGUUUAAACCCGGUGCCUGUUUGAUUGAAUGGCGCUGUGCAAUACAAAUAGCAAUACAAGUAUCAACAAACGCUGCUGGCAGUUUUAGUUGUUGAGUCAUCAUCAAGCAAGUCAAUAAACACAAGCAGAGAAGAGUUUGCAGCAGCUUUGGAGACGACGGCAACCGUUAGACCGCAGACGUAGGUUGCGUGUACCCAGCGCCACAGCUACAGGUGAGAGAUAGUUGCGUUAAAUGAAAAGUGGCGUAAGCUGCGUCUAUGGGUGAAACUCAAACUGCUAAGCAAAGCAAUAGUUAAACCAUCCCCCAUUACGAACGUUACCGUUUACACAUAAACGUUACGCGUCGUUGACUAAGGCAAAAGGUUCCCUGUGUCACUUCAAAUGGAGGACUACAAAUUCCUAUUUAAAAUUGUGCUCGUGGGCAAUGCUGGUGUUGGCAAAACAUGUCUGGUGCGACGCUUCACUCAGGGCCUAUUUCCACCUGGACAAGGUGCUACCAUUGGUGUGGAUUUCAUGAUAAAGACCGUCGAGGUGGAAGGUGAGAAAAUAAAGCUGCAAAUUUGGGACACUGCUGGCCAGGAACGUUUCCGUUCCAUCACACAAAGUUACUAUAGAUCAGCGCACGCGCUGAUACUUGUAUACGAUAUAAGCUGCCAACCUACGUUUGAUUGUUUACCUGACUGGCUGCGGGAAAUUCAGGAGUAUGCCAAUUCAAAGGUGCUCAAAAUACUGGUGGGCAACAAGACAGAUCGCGAUGAUCGUGAGAUUCCCACCCAAAUAGGCGAGGAGUUUGCUAAGCAACAUGACAUGUACUUCCUGGAAACAUCCGCCAAAGAGGCGGAGAACGUCGAGCGUCUCUUCUAUGAGAUUGCUGCCGAGCUAAUCGGACAAGCGCGCAGUAAGGAUAGCAGCAGUGCUGCAGCUGCUGCCGCACAGCGUCAAUCCGAAGGCAGCAGUUCAAUUGGCCUGGGCAGCCUGAGUGCCAAAGCAGCCCAAAGCAAUUGCUGUGGAGGAUCAAACAGCUCUGGCAGCGGCAACAACUCUAGUCAAGCCGGUUGAACUAUUAUUUCACACAAGUAGGACAUUUGGAAGCUGGCAGCUAAAAUGGAACUUAUUGACUAUGGAUGCUAAAUAUUUGUGUUAAAAACUCCUUUGGAUGUAGUAGACUUAGUACGCCUGAUUUUCUUAGUAUUAACUGUUGAAACAGAUUUUGAUCUGAAUUGUGAGCAUCACAAUUUAUGCUUUAAUUUAAUAUCUCUACAAGGCAAUGCACAUUAUGUUAUUAUUCUAAGAGUAUUAUUGUAUAUUUUAUACAUUUUGUUCUCUUUUUUAUACAUAUUUAUAUAUUAUCACUUACAAAUACGUAUUUAUUUUAAUUUCCCCGUUAAUAAUUUAUGUAUAUUUUUUUAAUUAUACAUUGGCGUACUUGCAAUAGUAUAUAAGAGACGAUUUUAUGACAUUCCAAAAAUUAAACACGUAGUUCAAUAUGAGAUAUACAAAUGCCGCAAGCAAAAUGAUAACAUCACUUUGUAAUUAAAUAGAACCAAAUAAAAUUUUAAUUGUGAAUA